AACAAGACAUCAGUUCAACUGCUUUAAAAAGACAAAGAUGUCGGGCACUCUUCCUGGUAAGUCAACAGAGCCAAAACUGACGAUUAUGCUCGUUGGAUUGACUGGAGUCGGGAAGACUUCAGUCAUGAACACCCUUCUGGGAAUAGAGGAUCAAAAACAUGGACCUAGCCCUAACUCACAGACAACAGAGUGCAAGAUGGCGAAAGUACAGCAUGGUGACCAAGAACUGGUUAUUAUCGAUACUACGGGUGUGCUGAACAACAAGAAAUCAGAAGAAGAGGUGAAGAAAGACAUCGUGGAAAGCAUCGCACAUGCUGCUCUUGAUGGCGGUCCUCAUGUCUUUCUGUUGGUGAUGCGGUCGGAUAGUUGUUCAGACGAAGAUAAAAAAGCAGUGGAAAUCAUUCAGGAGAUCUUUGGUGAUGGGUCCAAAGACUACACUUUGGUCUUGUUCACCCGUGGAGGUGAAUAUGUACCUACACACGAAGAAGUGGAGGAAAUUAAAUUCCUUAAGAAGUUCCUUGAUAAAGAUCAUCCUCGUCGUUCUUUUCAUUCUUUUGAAAAUAAUGAUUGCAAGAAUGUGAAGGGUGAAGAAAAGGAAAAGCAAGUGUCUGAUCUAGUGGAGAAGAUCAACUACAUGGUUGCGAAAAACAGGAAGCGAAACCGGUCGCGUUACACCAGUAAAAUGUUGGAAAAGGCACAGGAAAUCCAAAAGGAAAUGGAGAUGUCAGAACCUAAUGACACGAAGGCAGAUAUUGUGUGUAAAACAGUUGAGAAGUUUGUUACUGGGGUGGUGGGCGAGCCAUGGGUAGGUUUAGUGUUCGGGAUUGUUAAAUCUGCAAUGAAAAAAGUUGAUAAAUAUGCCUAAAAAAUAAGCAGAAGAUUCACCAGAAUUUGAAAAGUUAUGAAACAGAGAAAUCAAAACUGUAAAAAAGUGUAUAAGGUGAAUGAAUCUAUUUUUUUAUUUAGCUUUUUUACAAUGAGUGAAUGAAUAGUGUGUUACUCUAUGAUCUGAACUAUUGCUGAAUAAUUGCUUGGUUUCCCCAAUAAAUCAUGAGUUAUAGCCUAAUAAGGUUAAUAACAAUUAAAAGUAAAGGUACUUGUGUGAAGAAAAAGCAGAAGUGCCGGUACUCAGGCACUGAGUAUGUUUGUUACGCAACUUCAGUAACGUACAUAAUUAAAAUAGGUCAAUGUAGACUUUUGGUUUCAGAUGGGACAGGAACAGUGUUUUCCUGGAUAAAAGUCCUGUGUUUGUUUGACCCAUCCACCCCAACCUCCCUACGUCACCUGGCAUUACCUUAAAUUAUUGAAGAAAACUUUGUUUUUCUUGCAUUCCUCCACGGUCAACAAAGAAUCCAAAAAC